AUGCUUUAUUAUAAGCUAAUAUUUAUUUUGCUUCUACUACAAUUAUUAAUUCCCAUUGUUUUUGCUUCUAUCGACAAUGAUUGUUCCUGUCCUAAAGAAAAAAUUUUUGAAAGUAAUGUGAAGGAGGGUGUGAUCAAAAGCCCUGGAUACCCCAACGAAUACUGUGGCUCACUUGAUUGUAAGUGGAACAUUCAGCCAGCAUAUAAUACCUUUAUUUAUGCUGAAUUGAAAUUAUUUGAGACAGAGGAAAGAGUUGGCACUUUGGAUGUUUACCAAACAAGAUGGAAUGGUUCAGAGUUAAUGAAAGUUAAGCAGGCUAGCCUCAGCGGAAAAAAUGCGCCCAUGGAAUAUCUUCGUUUUUCCUCCUCAAUUAACGGCGGACUUUUAUUCCAAUUCAUUACAGACAAGCGAGUGAAUUACCGCGGAUUUGAAAUUCAUUUUUCUCGAAAAUCCGAAAAUAAGUUCUUUUGUUGA